CCCGGAGCAGCCAGCAAGUAGCACGCGAGGGGUUUGUUGUUGCGGUCAGCUGCGGUUUUGCUGCUCGCUGCUCGUCGUAUUAUUUGCUUGGCAAGAGUACCACCGGUCGCUUGCUUUUCUUCCUCUUUUAUGAAGACUCACUUCAUGUUGACCCUUUUUCUGCCGACGUGGGUGGUCGGCUGACACCCGCAAUUAAAUGCCAGAGACAACCUGCCGACGCCCCCACAUCGCCUGCGAGCAACAGUUUUCCUUGAGAGAAAUUUGCGUGGAACUGUUCAAUGCGUCACAAAAGACUCAUCAUGUGAGGCACCUCAGCGUAGAUCAGCUGUUGGCAAGCCGUUAGGUUGCCCCUGGUUACUCUUUUAUUUUCGUCCGAUGGAACGCCCAAGCUCGAGAGGGAGCAGCCGGCGAGAGAAGGAGGCCGGCCGGUCGGGGGCGCCGAAGCAGAGCAAGAAGGCGCCGAGGACCACGCACGGUUACUCGGGCAACUUCCUCAAUAGCACAUACCCGACGACGCUGUUCAACAAGGGCUACAGCCUCUGCGACCCCUACUUCGGCGUGCUCGGCCCACACAAUUUCUCCAACCCCGCGCCGCCUCCCUACUCGGACCUGCUGCGGAAGCCCACCUUUCCCUACGGCCCUCCAUUCACUCACAAUCAGCCCGUCUACCGCGAGCCGGGCGGCCCUUACGUGGUCCUUCCCUCGGAGCCAACCUCCUUGCCUGUCUACGGACCGUGGUCAUCGCCAAGAACGAUGCGACCGGCCAUGGUGAAUCCAACCUGGGACGUCUGGUCCCCUGAAUUAAAUGCGAGAGAAGCCCAAAAACUGCCACCAACAAGAUUUACCAAUGGUCACUUGUGGAUCCCUGAUGAAGACGACUAUGCUAGUUUGCCUCCGCAGGUGAGCACGGAUGACAAGUCCGCUCAACACUCACCCAGGCCCGACAAUCGGCGCUUCAGCGACCCGUGCCUCAACAUUCCCCCGGAGGAAAAAGACAACGACUCUUCAAACACCGAUUGCAACGACGAAGAAGAAGGCGAGGCUUCUUCAGCUGCCACUCUUGCCAUGCAGGGAAACCUGGUCCAGCAGCUACUAAUGGAAAUGGGAGCGCUAAGAGCGUCUAAUCAAAAUCUGCAGCGCGAGCUGAACGAAACAAAGUUGCAGCUCGAGGCUGUCAAAGCGAGGCAGAACACGUCCUGGAGGAAACUCGGUCCUGAAUAUCAGCCUGGCAUGUUUACUGAAAUGGUCAGAGAAAUUCGGGAAGCGAGUCGAAUGCGUGACGAGGCUGUCAUGUCCCGGCUGAGGAUGGCAAACGGCACCUUCCAGGAUUUUACCGACCCUCGCCACUUCUUUGAAACACACAACCACCGAGGCAAUGAAAGACAACGAAGAGAAGCGCCUCCGUCUAUGAGACCGCAGGCCGCUCCUCGCAGACGAAACCAUCGAACCUCCAGAGGCAGUCUCCACGGAAGCCGAGCCGAGAGCAGCAUCGAUGAAGAUGAAAGCAGCUUGUCAGGGGACCUGCUGUCGGGCAACGCGGAAACUACCUCUAGCUCAAGUCCCGCUGGAAACUCAAAUGUUGCUGGAGUUCUGGCAGAUCAGGUGACGCAGCUGCAGAAGGAAAAACAGCAGUUGAGCGACGAGCUGAAGCAGGCGCGCGAAUCGAGAGCCGACACCGAAGCGCACGUUCAAAAGUUGGAGCGGCUUGUGGGAAUUCUACGCAAGAAAAUUACCACGGUGAACGGCUUGGACGGAAUCUCGAUGCAGGGCUCGACCGCCUCCUCGUCGCCGACCUCUUCCUUGGAGCCCGUCCUCACAGGCGCGAUGUCGCAGGUCACGAUCCACGGCCCUGUGACCAACCUGUGAACCAAACACGAAGUUAUCUUUCGUUCAACAAUAGUACAUUAUAUUGUUUUUCACACCUAAUUUUAACCACGAAAAACAGGGUAUCCACUACUAACAGGCUGGUAGUUGACGCUAGCGCGUGGGUCGUUUUGGCCCAAUAUUGGAAUCUAUACCAAUGACUAGAAUCUGAUUAACUUUAAAAUAUAUUUUCAACAGUAUUCAGUUUACUGCAUUAUUUACAAUAUUAUAUCAUAGUUUUGUAUCGUUUUAAGUAGUGCAGAUUUUUAAAUGUGCCGAAAUGUGCGGAAUCAAAUUAAACUUGUUUCAACAACAACAACUACUGUUCUUACAAAGAAGUGAUAAUGAACAGCUCACACCGAUGUGUAACAUUUCAAGAAGCAAUCUAAUUAGGAUAGGAAUCGACAAUCGACUGACUGAUGAUGUAGCUUUCUUUAGAAAUGAAUCACUAGCACCAACACACCGAUCCAUAUAUGCAGUUGGGCUAGAAUCUAGAAACUUGUUUUUUCACUUAAUUAUAUAUCUAUUUUGUGGGCGAUACAAAAAUAUGGAAUCUGAUUUUUAAAAGUGAAUUCCAUUGUUUGUUGGGGUUUUUGGAAUGUUUGGAAUGUUUUCGACUAACGUCAAAGUUCCAUUAGCCGCAAGCUCUGUACUUGGUUAAUAAUAUUAUGUAUUAUGUCAUGUAAUAAACUCACUCAGUUUUCGAAUAACACUGCGUAAUACAGCGCCGCCCAACAGGGCCGCUGUGUAAUAAAUAAAAGUCUAAUUCAUAA